CAAACAUUGCCAGCCCAAGGGAGAGCAGACCCUCGAGUGAGAUGCCGGUGCCCUCGCGUGGCAGCAGGGCCAGGUGAGACCCACGGUUGCGAUAGACGAGGUGCAGCGACAGCUUGAACUGCUGGCCCAGCAAACUCUGGAAUUCGCGGGGCGGCCCGAGGCCGCGGAGGGCUCGUCGCAGCGGGUGUUGUGGUCCAGCAGGCGCAGGUGCGCCUGCCUCGGGGACUGGCACCACGCCCCCGGGAAGGCGAAGGCAGGACGAGUCGAAGGGGUACAUGAGGUGAGAAGCCAGAGGUAACGGAGGAUUGGGCUGAGGGAUAGGAGGAAGACGAAGUAGUGUGGCGGGACACAUAAUAUUAGAAAAGAACACGGAAGACGACGAAUAAAGCAAUGACCCUCCCCAGAUGUGCAGUGUCAUGAAGUUGUUGCGCGCAUCGGUCCAGCACGCGCGCGCCGUCGGUGCCGCCGCCGGCGUCGUUGUCGUCGUCGCCGUCGUCGUUGUCGUUGUUGUCGUCGUUGUCGUCGUGGUCGUUGUCGUUGUCGUCGUCGUCUUCGUCGUCGUCGUUGUCGUCGUCGUCGUCGAUCGUGGCCAAGGCGGAGGUGACGGUGGCCAAGGCGGAGGUGGCAUCGGUUCCUGUUCUGUGGAGGGCGCAGAUCUCGGAGACGGUCGAGCCCAACGCUGCUACAUCGCCGUGGUGCAGGGCGACAUCGUCGAUGUGGUUCACGACGAGGAGGAGUGGUUGUACGUUCGGCGCGGCCCGUUCGGCGGGUGGCCGCCGCGAGGCGUCGUGCUGCCGGCGAAGGCAGGAGGCGGUGGAGCCCACGCUCUCGAAUCUGCGGGACGGCGCCCUCGGCAUAGGCCUCCUGCUUGUGGCUGCGGCAGUGUGGCGCGUGGUGACGCCCGUGUUCGGCCGCGGCGCGUCGUGGCUGUGGUGGCAGUGGCAGUUCCUGCUGCACGACCUGGGCAUGGCCAAGGACUGUGGGCGCCCCGGGGCGGGGAAGCGGCUCCGCAGCGCCCAAGCUGCUGGCAUGGUCAUGUUGCAGCGCUCUUGCAUCGGGCAGGCAGAGGUGGAGGACGCGGUGAGCGAGCCAGAGGCGCAGGACCACGGGGAUGGAUUGGCCUCUGGCGUCCGCACCAAGCAGCCCGAGAACCCGGUGCCCCCGCCGUCGCCCCUCGAGGCCGCCGAGAGCAGCGGCGCGGCGCUCUUCCAGCUGCUGGGGCCCGUGGGCGACCCGCGCAAGGCCUCCGCGGCGCGGGAGCGCGCGGUCAACCUCCUGCGGCGCGAGGCCAGGAGGUCCGACAACAAGGCGUUCGCCGAGUUCGCAGAGCAGGUGGCACAUAUGGCGACUGGUCCAUUCGACGAGGUGCAGGGGAUGAUUCAGAAGAUGAUUUUCCGCCUCAUGGCAGAGCAGAAGGACGAAGACGAACACAAGACGUGGUGCGACCUCGAGCUUGAGAAGACGAACAUCUCCAAGGCAAACAAGGAGGAGAAGAUUGCAGAGCUGGAGGCCAAGAUAAACACUGGUGAGGCAAAGGCCACACUCCUGGCGGAGGAGAUCGAGGACGCAAAUGAGAUGGUGGCCACCUUGGAAGAGCACAUGAAGGAGGCGACGGAGAUCCGCCAGGCCGGCUCGAAGGAGAAUGCGGCGGCUGUGGAGGACGCCAAGGACGCCCAGACAGCCAUCGCGCAGGCCACUGCGGUGCUCGAGGCGUACUACAAGGAGUCCGGCAUGAUCGGCUCAGAGGCGCUGCUGCAGCGCCGGCACCGGGAGCCCGUCACCAUCCCCGAGGAGCCCUCUACAUGGGACGCAAGCUACACUGGCAUCGCGGAUCCGACCAACUCCGACGGUAUCAUCUCGAUGCUGAAAGAGAUCUCUGCCGACUUCGCUAGGAUGGAGGCCGACACGCUCGCGUCCGAGGCGAUGGACAAGAAGAUGUACGAUGAGGAGAUGUCGAAGUGUGACAUCGAGAAGGCCAAGCGAGCCAAGGAGGCCGAGAUGAAGGCGGACGAGAAGAAGCGGCUGACGGACAAGGUAGCCAGCUACACGAAGACCCUGAAGCACACGACGUCGGAGCUGGAGGCUGUCGAGCAGUACAGCAAGGAUCUGUCGCCAGCUUGCUUGGAGGGGUCGUCCACAUAUGAGGACCGCAAAGCUGCUCGCAGUGGGGAGAUCGAGGCACUGAAGGAGGCCCAGGUGAUUCUGGAGGAGGCCUUCGAGGGGGGCGCCACGCCUGCCCCGGCGGCGGCGUUCCUGGCGCGCCCGCCGGCGGGCUGAGCGUUGUGACCGCGUGCGCUCUUGUGCCUGACUCUCGUGCCCUUCUGGAGGCGCCACGUCCGUGCAGCCUCCAGGAGAGAGCGUGCAGUUCCGGGGCAGCGCCGCCGGCCGCGCGGCGGCGGGGCGUCGGCG